UCGUGUGACGAGCAUGUGUUGUAUGUUCAGGUAGAGCAGAGCAGUCACUGUCUCAUUCUGUUUGGCAUACAGUGCAUCGUCACAUUUCCCCUGAUUGUUGUGCACUGUAAAGGGAUACCAGGGGAGCUUCAGUUUCACGACAAAACUGAGAACGUUCAAGAUGAACGUUUACUGGAUACCCACGAUCCUCCUCUCCCUCUGCCUCUCCAGUGCUGCCAACAUGAUAAGCUCCCACAACUGUAAAGACACGCUCAGAACGUUCCAUGUGGUCCGUGUGUCUGUCAACGGCACUGCAUCGGUCAGCUGCCCCAACCUGACAGGCAAGAACCAGGAGGAGAUGAGAUUCCACCUUUACUUGGGCUUGGUCGAGGUUGGCAACCACACUCACGACAGUGCUCACAACCACAACUCCACAGAGACCGUGACUCCUGUUGGGGAGGGUCUGGGGCUGAAGGUGAACGAACAGGACCACACGGUCAGCUUUGUCCUCUCUGGAAUGACCACGGAGCGCGCUGGGGUCUAUACCUGCGAGGGGCACCCCAUGUACCCACCUCCCAUUGAGAAAGUACAAGACGAGCCUCAGACUGUGGUCCUGGUUGAAGCUCACCAGUGCCAGGCACUGAAUACUGUGGGAUGUUUAGGCUCUGGAGUGGAUGGUGUCCCUGUUUGGGCAUGGGUGCUGGGGUUCUGGAUCACCAUCAUCUAUGGCCUGGCUGUCACUGUCAUCGCCUUUGCCAUCCGGCUCAGACUGGGGAGAGUGGAGUGUUCCCAGAGCGACUACAUGAACAUCAAACCCAGUGCUCCACUCAGGUGGCCUAGGAAGAAGCAGGGGGUCCAGCAUCCAAUCCGAAUGGGACGAUACUGAUCACAG